AUGGAUCGUCUUAAUAAAUCAUCGUUGGCAAAUCAUGUUAACGGCAUCAAGGCUUUGCCUCGAGCCGUUCUCAAUUGGCGAUUAUUUCUCUCCUGCUUCGUGUUUGGAAUGUGCGGUACUCCAAAGGGUUGGGACGAAGGCUCUGCAGCCUCGAUUACAUCGCUCGCCUCCUUUUCUCGAAAAUACCACCUCGACGAUGCGACUAUAUCUAAUAUUGUGUCUCUGGUUAAUGUGGGAGCUGGUGUUGGCGCUCUCCUGUCGUUCUUCCUCAACGACAAGCUCGGUCGCAUUUGGUCGAUGAGAGUGUACCAAGCUCUGUAUGCCAUCGGCUCCCUAGUUGCUUGCUUCUCAUACGGGAAUGCGGGAGCACUAUACGCUGGUCGCAUCAUUGCUGGCCUAGGAAUCGGCGCUUGCAGUGUUGUUGGGCCUAUGGCUAUCGCGGAAAUUGCACCAAAGACUAUUCGUGGUUUCCUCACCCUAUGGUUCAACAUUUGCAUGCUUGGAUCACAGGCGCUGGGCAGCUUCACCGUCCUUGGGUGUAGCAUAAACAUCUCGCCAGCUCUCGACCUUCAGUAUCAAGUGCCUUGGUUUGUCCAAACAUUUGUUCCUGCUCUUGCCAUCGGACUAUCCUUCUUCACCUGCGAGUCUCCCAGAUGGCUGGCCAUUACUGGCCGCAUGGAAGAGGCGAAAGACACGCUCUACAAGCUCCGUGGCCUUCCAGAAGACGAUGCCUCAAUGCAGUUGGAGUAUGCUCAGCUCGUCUCUCAUAUCGAGGAUGAAAACAGCGGGAAUCCACAGGACGGAUACUGGGCCAUCAUCAAGGAGACAUUUGGCAAGAGAUCAAAUUUACGUCGUGUGCAACUUACGAUUGUUGCCUACAUUCUCGCUCAGUUUUCCGGGGCCAACUCCAUUACCAACUAUCUACCCACCAUCUUUGGUUUGAUUGGAGUGAAAGGCACUUCCGCCAAGAUCUAUUCGACUGGACUCUAUGCUGUUGCCAAGCUGGUUUGUUGCUUCGCCGCAUCGCUUUUCAUUGUCGAUAUCUUAGGUCGACGGAAGUCACUUAUGCUGGGAGUUACUGUACAGAUGAUGUGCCACGCCUAUCUGGCAGGGUACCUUAAGUACUUCCGCUCUGAUCCAUCAUCUGUACCUUCUGGAGCUUCAGAUGCGGCCAUUGCAAUCAUCUAUAUUCACGCCUUUGGAUGGGCAGUGGGUUUGUACACAUUGCCAUACCUCUUCGGGGCCGAGCUGUGGCCUAAUCGCAUCCGUUCCUUCGGUGGUGCCGUCUCGCAAUGCUUCCACUGGCUGUUCUACUUCGCCAUUACGAAAGCCACGCCUAGCAUCCUGUCCUCUAUGGCCGUCUGGGGUGCCUUCGUAUUCUUCUUAGCUUGGUGUGUCGUCGCAUUUGUGUACACUGUUUUCUGUGUGCCAGAAACACGUGGCCUCAGCUUGGAUGAAAUGGAUGCCAUCUUUGAACGCCCUAUUUACAAGAUGCGGAAGCCUCUUUCCCGUUCAGCAGAUGAGGAGUAUGGAGCUGCGGAAAAGGCACAAGUCGCAGCACUUGAAAUGGGCUCUGCAAAGCAUCUUGAGAACUAG